AUGAGAUCUCAGAAGGGGAUGCUACUUAAUCAAAGAAAGUAUACCCCUGAGCUAAUCUCUGAUGUUGGCUUAAGUGGAGCCAAACCAGUGAAUACACAUUUGGAAGUAAAUGCUAAGUUUACCACAGUACACUAUGAUGCACAUGUAGGAGGAAUCACAGAUCCUAUUCUUACAAACACUACCUCAUAUCAGAAGCUCAUUGGGAGACUAAUCUAUCUUACUAUCACUAGACCAGAUAUCAGUUUUGAUGUACAAGUGCUUAUCCAAUUCAUGCAGCAACCUAAGGUCUCACAUUGGAAAGCAACACUUAGAUUGGUAAGGUACUUGAAAGGGUCACCUGAUCAGAGUAUACUACAGAAGAACAGUCCAUGCACACAAUUGACUAUGUACUGUGAUAGUGAUUGGGCAGCCUGCCCAAACACCAGAUGGCCGGUGACUGGGUACAUUGUGAAGGUGGAGGAUUCUUUUAUAUCAUGGAAAUCAAAAAAGCAACACACUGUGAGUAGAAGUUCAGCAGAGGCAUAA